UGCAUGGUCGGGAGCAGAAAUCGGCCAGCUUGCGCCGCACAGGAACCUCGAGCCAAAUUUAUUGACCCCCUUCGCAGUCCCGCAGUACGCCAUGACGUCCAGAAAGCGGAAAGCGGACGACGACCACGACGAGAUGUCGGUAUCGCCCGUCAACUCGCCGGCCACCUCUUCGAGGCAGCUUGCCAGACCGUCGAAAAAGGUUCGAGGAGGCAGCGACAUAGCUGGACGCCAUCUCUCUCUCCCUCGCCUUCUCGAGACUCUCGACAACGCACAGCUGCGAACGGUCCUUCAGAAAAUAUGCGAGCGCCAUGCGGAUAUCGGCCAGGAGGUCGUGGAGAGCGCGCCCCGGCCAUCGGUUGCUUCAGUACUUCAAGUAUUAGGGGACUACCAGGAAAAACUGCGGGCAGCAGUUCCCUUCGGCCAGUCGAGCUCAGACUACACGUACUUCCGAGUCAAGCAACCACUAGCCGCACUGGUCGAUGCCAUCUCCGACUUUACGCCCCAGUUCCUUCCGCCUGUCGAGCAGCAGACGAAUAUUUCAUUACAAUACCUCGAUGCCGCAACGAAAGUGAUCCACGACCUCCCUGAAUGGGAGAGUCAACAAUAUCGCCACCACAAAGACAACGCCUACGACGAGAUAUCGGGGGCGUGGGCGCUGGUGAUAACCGAAGCGGCCAAGCGAGGAGGAGGCUUCGCCUUGCACACGGGUGGAUGGGACCAGCGGCUGGCGAAGCACAACCAACAAUCCGGAGGGAAACUGGAACGGGCAAUGGGCGCCAUGGUAACAGAGGUUGGGUGGAUCGGCACCGGCUCCAACGCGCCGCCGCCGCCGCCGUCGUCGUCCGGCUUAUCAGACCCGAAUUCGAUACUUAACCAGCUCAUCAACGGCACCUAUGGCUCGCCUGUCCGGGUCGGUCCGUGGUAGGGUGGGCACCUCGGACUUGGCGGGCACACUGCACGCCAUCGGAGACGACCGCCACGGAAGGAAUCAUGACUAUCUCUUUUUAUACUUCCCGUCUGACACCGGGGCAUUUUGAGGGGUUGGGCGGCAAUAGACUCUUGGGGAACUGCGGGGUUUAUCGGCUAUCGGCGUUCACUCGCAUAU